ACGUGAUAUACAAAAUGGCGGAUUGCAUCUACUUCCUGGAUACUAAAGUUACUUGAACUGCUGAGACUAGUUUGAUUGUGUGAAUACAACAGAUGCCCUUCAUAUACUUCCAGUUAUCAUUGUUUUCACCAGAAAUAUAACAAUGUCAGACAUUGAAGAUGAUGUUUAUUAUGAUGCUAUUUCAACUGGAGAUCGUUCAAAAGGAGGGAAUGGCAGAAAUACAGCAGUUCCUCAAACUGGCGACAGCAGCCAUGGUGCUCAAACGGAUAAUCGUGACUUGAAGUCUAGAGACAGCCAGUCUCCAGGUAGUAGUGUAGCAAAAGAACCCAGUGAUGUAAUCUCAACUCAUAGUCAUAAUGAUACAACAUCUAAAGAUUAUAAUGGCAUGAGAACAAUUUACCAGCCGAACUCGGUAACAAAAAACAAGAACCACACUGUUUCUGGCAUUAAUGUCCAACCUGCUGGAAAAGAAUGUAAAAGCCAAGGUCGUGUGUCACAGCUUGCUAGUCAGUUUUUGAGAAAGGGUGCUGAUAAUCCAAGCUCUCACAGUGCAGGAUCUGCUCAGACAGCUAGUGAUGCUAACCUAAUUCUACAGAAGAUACAUGAGCUUGAUAUACCCAGUAACUCACAGAAUAAGCCCGCCGCUGAUGACCAUAAAAGAGCAUUUGUUGUAAAUGAAACACAAGAUGGUAAUAUUCCAUCAGCUUAUUGCUUUGCCAAACCAUUUCCCGAGGAUGUGGCUGACAAUGUUUGUUUUUCUCAGCCUCAUACAAGCGACACUACCGGAGUUCAAGGUCAAACUGCAAAUGAAGGUCAAGAACAUACUGAAGGACAGAGGCGUGUUGAGUCUUUAAUAGACAGUAUUGGUUACAGUCAUCCUAAUAAAUUUGUUGAGAAGGAAGAAACAUUUGUUAAACAGGCUGAAGUUACUGCAAAUGACAAGGAGUCAGACUUAAAUAAGAACGAGGUAACUUUACAAAAUCAGAGUAAUUCACCAGAUGAGUUGCAUGUCGUGCAUGAUAUACCAGGUAAUAUGGGACAUGUGGAGAAAGUCUUUGAAAAUGACUUCGAACAUAUUGAAGAAGACAAUCUGUACGAUUCUGUUCAUAACUCACUAGAUAAUAGAAGUGGCCCCACCAGCGGGGGUUUUGAAAUUAUAAACCAUGAACAUGUUGCUAUUUCACGCCCUAUGGCUAGCUCAAGUCCCGAAAAGAAGCAUAGCACUGGAAGAACUGGAGAGAAAAAGAAAAUGAAGAAACUUGCAGAAGAUGUGAACUAUGAAUGGAAACGUCAGCAAGCUAAGAAAAAAUCUAGAGCAUUGAAAAGACCAUCAAAAACAGAUAAAGAGGGCAAUCCCUUCACACAACAUCAUCAUUUUGAUGACCCUCAUAAAGGAGCUAUACCUGAGGCAGAGGAUGAAGCAGUGGGACACUUUAAUCCAUUCAAUCUGGACAGUCAAGACUCAGACUCUGGCAGUAGUUGUUUCACUGACUCAACAUUUGACAGUACUUCAGACACUGAUCAAGAUAAUGAAGACUUCUUUCCUGAUAAGCCACUACCUCCUAAACCAAAGAAGGAUCAUCAGUUGAAAGAAUUUGCUCAUAAAAUGUUACCAGGUCAUCAGAAGAAAGAAAGUGAUGAUGGUUCCCCUAUCUUAGAAACAGUGAGGCUUAAUCGACGUCGUGAGCCACCGGCUUUACCGGAAAAUACUGGCAGUAUUACCCAGAAUCAGGUAAAGUUACGAGGUGUUUUACAGAGCUUAAUAGACAGUGAAAGAAAUUACAUCACCUCUCUGGAAAGACUUACCAAUGAUUAUAAGGAACCAAUCGUUUCGCAGAUUAAGAAGUCAGAGGUGAAGGUCACAUUCCAGAAAGUAGAUGAGAUAGCAUCCAUACACAAGAUGUUUCAGAUUGAAUUCUCUGAGAAACUGAAAAAAUGGAACACUGAUGAAGAAAUUGGCAGUAUUUUUCAUGUGUUUUCGCAGCGGAUGGUUAUAGAUAUAUACAGUGAUUAUGUGAACAACUAUGAAGCAGCCACAGAACAUAUCAGAGAGAUGGAGAACUCAAAACAAAGUUUUAAAGAAUUCCUCAAGAAAAAGCAGAUGGAAAGUGUAGACAGGUUGUCGUUGCCGGGGCUCAUGCUGAAACCUGUACAGAGAUUUCCUCAGUUUAUCAUGAUCAUAAAGGAUUUGCUCAAAUACAGCCCACGAGACCACCAUGACCGGGAACCAUUACAGGAAGCUGUGACGUGGAUAGAGAACGUGGCGCACCAACUGAACGAGCGCAAACGUCAGAGUGAACAAUAUUUCCACGGUCAGCAGAUUAUGAACAAGCUUACACCACGCAUGCAUCCAGAGAAAAAUGUCUACCUUAUACGACAAGAUAAUAUGGAGCAACUUUCACAGGAUGCAACUGGUUCCCACAAUGUAAAGCAGAGGAGAAUAUUUCUGAUGAAUGACAGACUGGUUUCUGUCCAUGUUUCACACAGGUUUGGCUCUCAUUCUGUGGUACAACUGAAAUAUCAAAGGUCACCAUUGAAAGGGGACCAAGAUGGUAUAAAUUCAGAGAGAUUUACCUACAAAUGGCAUCAGAGUUUACGGGAUUUGGACCUGACGACUUCAGCUAUCACGCCUAACAUGCAGACAACAGUUAAUAUAGGGAACACAAGUUCUACAAUCAUGUCACCUAAAACAGAGAGAUCAGAAGAGGAUCCCUAUGAUGUGGCAUCAGAACUUACAGACAUGAUGCGUGAUAUCAGUGUCCUAGCUAAGAUUAACCAGAUGGUUUCAACACUCAAGUUCUCAUAUCCUGGACUUUCGGAGGACAAUUUACAUGGCAUUAUCACAAAACUACAGAAAGAGAUACAGAGUAAAGAUUACCAACUACAGAUGCUGAAUUCCAGUACUAUAAUAGUGCAAGAUAAAGUCAGGAAAAGAAAGUAUGUAUUUAGUGCCACCAAUGCUAAUGUGAAACAGGAAUGGUGUAUUGACUUCCUGUUAUCAAAGUAUGCUCAAGAUGUAGUUAAUAUUCCCAGCUGGCAUAAACCUGACAGUACGGACCCUGUCCAACCAGCUUUACUCAUGAGACACAUGUCUGUUGAUAUGCAGAGGACAUUUACCAGGGUAUCCUGUGGUGUGAAGGUGUACUUUCCAAGGAAGAAUGAAGGUUCUAUGGAACAUCUUUGGAUCUGUUCCUCCACUGAGGGUCAUGGUCAGGUCUCUGUUGUGUCACUACAUACAGACAAACCUUCACUGAUUGAAUCCUUCCAGGCCACCAAGUGUAUGGUCAUCUGUGCUGAGAGUGUACCAGGGUAUGCUAGGGUGAAAAAGAAAGCAGCAUUUGAGGAGGAUACAGUCUGGAUGAGUACUACAGACUCUGAGAUACAAGUGUUUAUGCUGAGUGAGAAGCAAGCUGAUUUACACAGACGUUGUGUUUACACAUUUGAGCUGGGCUGUAUAGUUAUCUCAAUGAAGUACAUAGACGACCUUGUGUUUUGUGGAAACAGAACUGGAAAACUUAUCAUUUUCUCUAGAAAUGAUGAUGGUGUAUGGAGUGAGUCAAGGAGGAUAACUCUUGGUGUACAUCCCAUUACCUCCCUUAUUUGUGUAGGAGACAAUAUGUGGGCUGCCUGUGGGAUCAAUAUCUUCAUUAUUGAUAUAGAUAGCUACGAGAUACAGGGUAAAGUUGAGCAUCAGUUAGUGAAGACAGAUGACAAUGAUAAACACUUUGAAUAUUUAGUGAAGACCGGUGUAGGUGUGUGGGCAUCAUUCAUUGGUCAGCCAAAUAUCUGCCUGUACCAUAGCGAGAGUCGUCGGCUUCUCCAAGACUUCAAUAUCUGUACUGCUGUCCAUGAUUUUAUUAAAGUGUACUCCGGUGUGGAAGAGAGGAAGUAUUUCCAGGUUUCCUGUUUAAUGGCAAGUCUCGGACUGCUUUGGGUCGGUACAAAUGUUGGAAUAAUCCUGGUAUAUCCUCUGCCACGCCUUCGUGAUGGAGUCCCUAGAAUCAACGAGCGCCCACAGGUGGCACUGCACAGUCAUAGUGGAGCUGUCAAGUUUCUUUUACCAAUGCAUUAUGGGCCAGUUAGUGGUGCACCAAUCAGAAGAAGGAUGGAAUCUGUGCUGAAAAAAUACAGAGUUGAUGACUCGGUGAUAAAACAUUUAUCUGUUGUUGAAGAAAAUGAUUCAGCAGAAAGUAGACCCAAUUCUUAUGUAAGUUUAGAUGCAGCUGCCAUGGCAGUAGAUAACGUUUAUGAAGAUGUUGAAUUUCAAGGUUACAAACAGGACAAUGAUAGUCAGAUUUAUGAAGAAAUUCCAUGUAAUAAAAUCGCAACCAGUGAGAUUGCUAAGGAAGGGCCUAAAGUGGAACAAACAGAAGCUGAAAAAGUUGAGGACCAGGAAUCAGAAUUGAUACAGUCUGAUGAACACAAAUAUUUCAUUCUAGAACCUCAGACAAGUGACACUAAGCAAGUAUGUGAAAUGGAUAAAAGUGAUGUAAAUGAAGGUGGUAUAGAUAGAACUGAUGGUUUUGAACAUGUGUCUAUGAGACCAAAGAGUAAGAACAAAAAUAUUGAUAUUCAGAGACAGUCACAUAGAAAUUUUGAAAUAGAUAGAAGAUCAAUGACUUUAUCAUUUGAUGCAACUUAUGAAAGAAAAUCUGUAGCGUUUCAAUCUGAAUUAAAACAUGCUUUGAAGCGCAGACAGUCGCUUGAGGAUUUAACCGAUCGAGAUCUGACACAGGACGAGGUAGGGAACCUGUACCCGACAUUACUGAGACCAAGAAUGAUAUCAAAUCCAGCUAAAUCUCUAAGAGACAGCUAUUAUGCAACAAGUUUGCCGGAUAUUUCUGAGCCGAGGAAGGAAUCUUUGUAUCGGCGACCAUUUAUGAGCAGUGCAAUUGAAGCUAAGAAACCAGACUUCUCUUCUACGAGAAGUCUUAAUAAAGAGUCAAAGAAAAAAGGGAAAAAGUCUUCAACUUUGUCAAAACAGGAGACGCCUCCAAAAGAAAAAAGGCGAUCUGUGUCAUUUAAUAAAGACGCCACGAUGGAAAAUAAGCGCAAGUCCUCUGUUGGUACCAGUUUUUCCCAGGGAUCAUCAGUGGAUACGCUACGGAAGCAGGAUACAAAUACAAUAAUGGUGAUCAGUGGUGGAGAUGGCUAUAAAGACUGGAAGAAGAGGCAGAGUCUACCAAACUACAGACCAGAGGAACCUUGUCUUAUAUUCUGGAUGUACAAGUUCUGAAAACUUGUUGAUGAAGAGCUUGAAUUGAUAAAAAAAAUUGAUUGACUGAGAACCAGUUGCUGGACAUAUUACAGAUUUUCCUUUAUUAGUUUCACAGAAAUUAUAUGACAUAAAUGAAACCCACACCACAUAAACUUCAGCUCCUGCUGCGUCUGCAAAUUUAUUCAGCACAACAUAGUGACGUUAAGUGUGGGUUUUUUAGAGACUCAAAUGGGGUCAUAAAAAGUAGUAAUUUUCCCAGUAGCUGAGCAAAUAUUUUGACAAUAAAUUGCUGUUAUUUUGAGUUAAAACAAGUAAUUAGAAUAUUUGUACGCAUACUUUUAGCAUUUAUCUUUCCAUUACUACAUAUGAAAGAUAACCUGACUGUACAAAAGCAAAAGAAGCAACUUUCAAUAACUCAAAUUUUGUUUAACCCUUACCCUGCUAAAUUUCUAUAAUGAACUUGUCCAUUUUCCAAUUUGGUCAGUACCAUUAACUGUUAAAAGGGUGCUUACCAAAAAGAUACUGACUGAAUGGCGAACAGUGAAGAUCAUGAUUAGACUGCACAGAUGUGCAGGCUGACCAUGAUCUACACUGGUUGCAAAGGCAGAAUCAGUCGUGUCCAGCAUUGUAAGGGUUAAUUCUUUCUUUCCUAUUUACACCUAAACAAGUUGAACAUAUUAUGCAUGUUAGUGCAAUCUGCUUAUUCCAGAGACCAAAAUUCGCUUUGUAAUCACAGAUAGUAAAAUAUCAUCAUAAAACUUAUAAUGUUACAGUCUUGAGAAGUAGUGUUUUUACUAUACAUAAAGAACAAACAUAGAAAUAAUUCAGACGAAACAUAUGCAUGAUGAAUAAUGCCUAAAUGUACUAAAUGUGUCUGGAAACUGGUUCUGUCCAGAGACUGGUUCCCAACCAGUAAAGUAAAGUUAGUUUGAUAAAUUAAAAAAAAAAUGUGAAAAGCAGUUGGAUGUUCUUACUGUUUGACUUAGAAAUAAGCAAGAAUUGGCCUAAACAUGUGUUAGUGUUGUAUAGACAUGUAUUUGUUUAUACAUUUUUAUUUUAUAAGCUUGAUCAUUCCAUUUAUAAACAUCCGUUGUAGAGAUGUUGUCAUGUGGAAAAUAUUUUGUUGACAUGAAACUCUUACAGCAUUAUUGUCUAAGUGUUUGGAUUUUUAUAGAUAAUCUAUGUUCUUUCCUGCUGGUCAAAAAGUAUGUUUGGAUAAUCAAAGAGAUUAUGUUUGAAAAUUUAAGGAUUUUAAAAAUAUGCACUGUUCAUGUUACUUUGGUGUACAUUUUUACAUUCCUUUAAGUGAUCAUUUAAAAAGGCUGUAUGUUUUUAUUUACUUUGAAAUAUCUUAUUCUUUUUAACUUGGCACUUGUUCAUUUUGCACAGUGUUUUUUGCAGUGAAACAAGAGUCACUUAAAUAGUUGUAUUUUAGACUGGACACACUGAUUUAAUGAUUAGAAGGUUGUUCACAUGACCAGCAUAAUAAGUUACAAAACCAUUCAUUUCUCAUCAUUCUUUGAUUCAAGUGUUGUUUAAAAUUCAGUUCAACAUUGUAAAAUUGAUGCACCGAUUAUAUUGUUAAAGUGUAUUUGGGUUAUAAUUACAUGUAUUGGAUAUUUGGCCUUUCAUAUGAUUAUAUAAAUAUGCGUAAGUGGUGGUCUAGUGGUCAAGGUGUCAGCCGCUCAACCCGGGGGGCCAUGGGUUUGAGCCCCACCUGGGUCACGACCAUGCCUUCUUAUUUGACACCAGUGCUGGUUUUUCCAGGAAGCGGACUCGAGAGUGGUUCUGAUAAGCUGGAAGCUUUCAUCACGAUCAAGCUGAAAUAGAUUAGUAUAACUAACCCUUAGCCUGCUAAAUUUCUUAAAUGGACUGGUCUAUCAUUCAAUCAGGGCAAUACCAUUUAUUACUCAAGGGGGUGUUCACUGAAGAUUUACUGACUGAAUAGCAAACAGGGCAGACCAUGAUCAGCCUGCACAGAUGUGCAGGCUGAUCUUGGUCUGCACUGGUCGCAAAGGCAGAUACAAAUGCCGCCAGCAGGCUAAAGCUAAAUAUAUGUUUCCUUAUAUUUACAAAAAGAAAUGACUGUUGAUAAAUCAUAAAACCUGCUGACUUAGAUGUAUUUUUUUUUGUCAUUAUAACUUAUAGGUAGCUUUUUCCCCAUAGUUGCCAGGGGUUUUUGUUGCUGAACAAAGUUUUAUAUCAUUUAUCCAGAGGGAGCUCAGCUUUCAUUAGACAAUCAAAUAUGUCUGUAUGAUUCUUUAGUUUUGUAAAAUUAUAUAAAAAGAACUGUAAAAACAGGUCAAAUUUAUGUCAAAUAUGUUUCUAAUUUCUAUGAAACUUCUGUUGAUAUUAUAUCAAAUUUAUUACUGUUGAUACUUAACAUUUUAUUUUUGAAUUAAGUUGAGUUUUUUUGUACACUUUGAAAAUAGAAAAAUGAUAAGUGGAAAUCCACAGUAACAACAUAGUAAAUACAUUCUGUUUUACGGACUUGUUUUGUGUGUAAAACUUUUAAGAUUAUAUUUAAUAUAUUAUGAUUCAAUAAGUAGAAUCUAUAACUAUUGAUUUCUUUAAAACAAAGAAGAAUGUAGUAAAAAUUGAUUAGAAGUUACUGAUAAAAAGUAAUGCUUGAUCAUUUUUCUAGCAAGUUUUGUUAACCUUUACCCUGCUUCAUUUCUAAAAUGGACUGGUCCAUCAUCCAAUUUGGACAGGACCACUUAUUAUUCAAAGGGGUGAUCACUGAAAAUAUACUGACUGAAUAAGCCAACAGUGCAGACCAUGAUCAGCCUGCAUGUCCGCGCAGGCUGAUCUUGGUCUGCACUGGUCUCAAAGGCAGAAUCACUUGCCACCAGCAGGCUAAAGGUUACAGUAUCUGAUUUACAGGGUAUAUACAUGUAUAUGUGUAACAAGUGCUCAUCUUAUGUGCAUAAUAAUGUUUAUGUGUGUUAUGUUUAAUGCUGUUUAGUGCUAUGAAAUAUCUAUGCUCAGAUGCUGGUCACAGAUUAAAUAUGUAAUUAUGUAAUCCAUUCUAUAUUUUUAUAGCUGUACAUGUUUGUUAAUUAAAUGUUCCUAUAAAUGUAAUUAUGUCUCCCACCACACAGUGAUGUGGAAGACGUAUUGAUUUACUCCAGUCUGUGUGUGUGUCUGUCACAAAGCUUGUCCGCACUCUAAGUCGAACAUUUUUCAUCCGAUCUUCACCAAACUUCAACAAAAUGUGUCUACCAAUAAGUGCUCAGCUAAGUUCGAUAACUAGCCAAAUCGGCCUAGGCACUUCGGAAUUAUGGCCCUUGAAUUAACAAAAACACUCAGAUUUCUUGCGCAGCUUUACACCUAAACCGACGCCUAUACUACUAGUAGUUAGGGGUCCUUUUGGUGUCAAGAAAGAGCAUGCACAUGUGGAUUAAGUAAACAGUAUAUAAAAACUGACUAACUAUUUAGAUGAUUAGACAGUUGUGGGAGACAUGUGCUUUUCUCAAAAGCAUCUCAGUUAUCACUGUUAGCCAUAGUUAUUAUUUCUGCCACCACACAGCGGUGUGGGAGACAUAUUGAUUUACUCCUGUCUGUGUGUCCAUCCAUGUGUGUGUCUGUCUGUCACAAAUCUUGUCGGCACUCUAAGUCGAACAUUUUUCUUCCAAUCUUCACCAAACUUUAAGAAAAUGUGUUUGACCAUAAGUCCAUGGUCAAGUUUGAUAACUAGCCAAAUCGGCCCAGGCACUACGGAAUUAUGGCCCUUGAAUUACCGAAAAUUGGCCUUUUUACUCUUGUCCGUGCUCUAAGUCGAACAGUUCUGAUCCGAGUUUUACAAAACUUGAACCAAAUGUUUUUGACCAUUCUCCUCGGCCAAGUUCAUUAACUAUCAAAAAAAAAAAAGGCACUUCAAAAUUAUGGCCUUGAAUUACCCAAAAUCAGCCUUUUUACUCUUCAAAGGUAUAUUUGUAGUGAGUAAUUUUUAUGCCCCCGAAGGGAGGCAUAUAGUUUUUGAACCGUCUGUCGGUCUGUCGGUCUGUCAGUCUGUCGGUCUGUCAGUCUGUCAGUCUGUCAGUCUGUCCGCAAUUUUCGUGUCCGGUCCAUAUCUUUGUCAUCGAUGGAUGGAUUUUCAAAUAACUUGGCAUGAAUAUGUACCACAGUAAGACGACGUGUCACACGCAAGACCCAGGUCCGUAGCUCAAAGGUCAAGGUCACACUUAGACAUUAAAGGAUAGUGCAUUGAUGGGCGUGUCCGGUCCAUAUCUUUGUCAUCGAUGGAUGGAUUUUCAAAUAACUUGGCAUGAAUGUGUACCACAGUAAGACGACGUGUCGCGCGCAAGACCCAGGUCCGUAGCUCAAAGGUCAAGGUCACACUUAGACAUUAAAGGAUAGUGCAUUGAUGGGCGUGUCCGGUCCAUAUCUUUGUCAUCGAUGGAUAGAUUUUCAAAUAACUUGGCAUGAAUGUGUACCACAGUAAGACAACGUGUCGCGCGCAAGACCCAGGUCCGUAGCUCAAAGGUCAAGGUCACACUUAGACAUUAAAGGAUAGUGCAUUGAUGGGCAUGUCCGGUCCAUAUCUUUGUCAACCAUGGAUGGAUUUUCAAAUAACUUGGCAUAAAUGUGUACCACAGUAAGACGACAUGUCGCGCGCAAGACCCAGGUCUGUAGCUCAAAGGUCAAGGUCACACUUAGACGUUAAAGGUCAUUUUUCAUGAUAGUGCAUUGAUGGGCGUGUCCGGUCCAUAUCUUUGUCAUUCAUGCAUGGAUUUUAAAAUAACUAAGCAUGAAUGUGUGGCACAGUAAGACGACGUGUCGGGCGCAAGACCCAGCUCCGUAGGUCAAAGGUCCUAAACUCUAACAUCGGCCAUAACUACUCAUUCAAAGUGCCAUCGGGGGCAUAUGUCAUCCUAUGGAGACAGCUCUUGUUUCAGUAUAGAAAGACUGACUUACUAUUUACUAGAUUACUGAUUAGGCUGUUGUGAGAGACAUGCGCUUUUCUCAAAAGCAGCUCUAGUUUUAUAUGACUUGUUUUUUUAUUCUGUUAAUGUUUGUGAUAUCUCAUAAUCUCCUAACAGGUGCUGUCAUUAAAAUUAAUGUACAUGUUCAUUAAAUUUGGGGCUGGUAUGAUAAGUUUUAGCACAAAUUUGAAGCCUAGAGAACUGCUUGUGAUACAGGAAGUCAGUCCAGAUAGCUAAAUGUAGAGAACACUGCAGUAAUAGUGUAGCUGCUCUGGGUUUAAAUCCAGUGAAUAUUCAACAAUUUAACUCAUUGCUUGACAAUUCAAUGAAGUAGUAAACACCGAGAGGUAACUGAUUUUUUGGAAAAAAAAAUGUCUACAAUGUGAUAUGUAGAACAACAAAGAAUAUUUAUCCUGCUUUUUCCUUGAGUCUGUGCAAUUUCUACUGACUUAACUAUGGGUUUUGCAUCAUUUGUGUUACUAAAAAUAGGAUGAAUUCAUUGAUUUUUGUUUGAUAUUUAAUUUAUUAAUUAAAUAUUCUUGUGUUUAAGAAUAAAUUGGCUCUCUUACCGUUAUGUACAUAUUAAAUGUUACUAAAACAGAGUAAAAUUGUACAUAAUUCCUUCAUUGUAAGUCGUUUUCUACAUAUUAUUUCUACCUUUCCAUUUUUGCAGUGUCUUUCCUAUUUAUUGAUACUUUAUCUUACAUGGGUAUAGUAAUGUAUGCAUGCCCUUAAUCUGUGUUUGGGAUCCAGCAUUGUUAGACUGGUAUGGCAUUUUUUCUGACAAAAUGGUUUAGACAUUUAAAAAAAAAAAUCUUAUUUCUAGGAAAUUCAGUCUAAGUAUGAAUUUAAUUUACAAGAUGUAUUGCUCUUUGAACAUGUUGAAGAUGAAAAGAUAGAUUUAUUAGUUAAUACAGAUGUUUGUUAACUUGAACUGUGAUAUGUUUAUUCUGAAUUUGUUUGAAUUCUGGUAAAAUGCUGUUUGCAUAGAAAGGCAUUUAACAUGUUUUUGCACACAGAAUCAAAUUAUGUGGAACAAAUUUUUGUUAUACGAGUAUAUGAUAUUUUUUGACUAAAUUGCAUCAAAGAUUUAUAAGAAAUUACUUCAAGAUUUGAAAUAUUCCAAGUAGAUAUAUUAGAUUAUAUAUUUUGAGAUCGCAUUAAUUUGUCUAUUUACAUUCCUGUUACUUGUAUGCUUUCCUUUCAUUAUUUUGUCUACGUGGAUUAUCAGAUAUGUCUGAUCACAAGAUGUACUAUAGAAAUAAUAUACAGUUGAAAUAAGUAUCUCAAACUUACUUCUCCCAGAAAUUCAAUUACCUUUAACUCUUACCCUGCUAAAUUUCUGUUCUGAACUUGUCCAUCUUGAAAUUAGGAUUGUACCUUUUACUGUUAAAAGGGAUGCUUAUCAAAAAAAUACUGACUGAAUGGCGAACAGUGCAGAUCUUGAUCAGACUGCACAGAUAAGGGUUAAGUUAUUUACAAACCUUUUCAAACUCCUUGAUGAAUGUAUUUUGACUUCAGUUUCAGAAAAAUCUGACAUACUAUACUCCAGUUGUAUUUAGUGAGCUUCAACGUGUUUUCACUCAAAUUCUUAUGUAUAUACCUCUCAUUGUGUCAGAGUUAAAAUAAUUGACAAAAGGCAUGAAUAUGUCUGAAAAUCAUACAGUAAAAAGUUUGUUUCGAUACAAUAUAGCAGGAGUCCGUUUGUCUGUAUAUGUUAGUUCUUUGGUCACUUGGAGUUAGAUGCACCAGUUUUCAACUGUUACUGUAGAUUGGGUACUAUUUGAGCCAUGCCAUGGGAAAAUCAACAUAGUGGGUUUGCGACCAGCAUGGAUCCAGACCAGCCUGCGCAUCCGCGCAGUCUGGUCAGGAUCCAUGCCGUUCGCUUUCAAAGCCUAUUGCAAUUAGAGAAACUGUUAGUGAACAGCAUGGAUCGUGACCAGACUGCGCAGAUGCGCAGGCUGGUCUGGAUCCAUGCUGGUCGCAAAGCCACUAUGUUGGUUUUCCCAUGGUACGGCUCAUUUGUAUAUUAUUUGACGUAGCUUUUAUUGGAAUUUUCAGUGACUUAUUCACAUUAUUGAGAAGUUUUAGCUUCAUAGCUGGUUACACUUGUAAAGAGAGUGCAGGCUUAUAUUCGUGACUGUUUAGUUUUUGAGUUACACCGAUCAUGAAUGUUACCAAAGGUAAAACCAUCAUAAAUAUUAUCCUAUGUAUACUACAUGUAGUAAAGACUAAAGAUAUGGCAGUACUCUAGUUGCCAUGUUUUAGCUAGUUUGGUUGCCAUAUUUUUGUUGUUUUGUCAAUGUUUAUAUACUAAAUGGUAAUUUUUUUCCCUUCAAAUGUGAAAAUCCUUUCAUAAAGACUAAAUGUGUUACCCCUUAUGAAUAUGAAAAAAGAAUUAAAAAAAAAAAAUCUGGCAAUUUUAGACCAAUAUAUUUGAUUUGAUCACUGCUGGUUUUGUGCAAAAAGAAGUGGAAGAUAGAAAAAGAAGUUUAAAUCUGUUAUUGAUAUUUCAAAUUAUUAGACUGUUAUAAUAGUCACUCCAGCAACAUGCAUGCAUGAAUGCAUGAUUUUGCCAAUUCCAUGGGGGUCACUGGGGUGCGGGGGGGGGGGGGGGGGUGGGGGACUGGAGUAUACAAUGUCAGUGUCAAAGAACAGCAUGAUUCAAGAGAUGUGUUUAUCAAAAUAGGAAUGUCUUGCAUAAGAUUAUUAUUUUUUACUGGUACCUAUAGCUGGUACCUAGCUCAGUGCAAUCAAACAAGAAUGCAUAAAACAAAAACAUUUGAAAUGGGUAUUUUCAAUGUCAGUGGUUCUGUAUAACUGAGCAGUUUGUCAUUGUCAGAAACUGAGGUGGCCUUGCACUUCUUAUCCUAAUGUUAUCAAGUUUUUAGCUUCAAGGCAUUUUUCAAUAAGAAUGUUUCAUGCAUGAUUAUCACUGAAAAAGCCUAUAAAAGGUUGAAAAGUUGAUAAAAUGAGUGAGAAUGUGAAGUUUGUUUAUUGCUUGAUAAAUACACAAAGUCAUGACAGAUCAAAUAUUUUCAGGUUGGAAUAUGUCAGUUAACUUAGUGCUUCAUUCGUAAACUCACCUAUGUGCAAUGUGCUUCAAUCUUAUUUGGAUACUUCGCUUAAAAUUUAUAAUAUGCACAUUUUUAUUGGUUGACUUGAAAUUGACUUAGUUGGAAAGUUUUGCAAUUUAUACCUGGCUAUUAUGGAAAACUUUGAAAAAAUUUUCUUUUGUAACUGCUUGCUAGAUUUGAAAAUAAUUUCACAUAAUGUUCCUUGGGUGACCCUCUACUAAAUUCCUUCAAAUAAUUUUGUUUUGUUAAAAAUCAUGGCUGCAAAGGGAUAAACUUAAGCCUGAUUUUAUAAAUUUUUUUUUUUGUGUAACUUAUGUGUAUAAGGUCAUCGCAUGAGAUUUAUCACCAAGUGUAGUAUACAAUAAUAAUACUUUUAAAAUAAUUUCACAAUUGAUCAAAACUAUCUGUUUUACACAUGUGGUUGAACUACAGUGUUGUUGUUAUUGUUAAAGUAUGUUAAAGGCACGUUACUUCUUAAUAUAUAUUAUAUGCUUUUCUUCCAAGAAUAGAAUAAAUAUAAUGCUGAAAACUG